UGUUCAGCACAUUACCUUUAAAAUGCACCCCUCUUUGAGAGCGCUGUGCUGAAUGAGGCGUAGUUCUUCAGAGUCUUGAGCUGGACAUCUGUGCAGGAGUUCUGAGGAUUUAUUAGACCUAAAACUGAAGACUGUAACGGUUUGAGGUACAAUGACAGAGAUUUCUGCACACACUCCCAUGACAUCGUAUCUGGGCAACAGGACAGAGAUGUCUCUUUAUCACAACUCAUCUGCCAGUAACUGGUCAGAGGAAGAAUAUUAUGAUGACUACGAUGACGAUGUCCAUGCAGAGCUCAGGCAGUCCCUCAACAUCAUGUCACUCAUAGUCUACUGCCUAGCCUUUGUGCUCGGGGUCGUUGGGAACGGCAUUGUGAUCUGGGUGUCUGGAUUCAGGAUGAAAAAGACGGUGAACACAGUCUGGUUCCUUAACCUGGCCGUGGCAGACUUCCUGUUCACCGCCUUCCUGCCUCUAAGCGUGGCCUACACCGCCAUGGGCUUCCACUGGCCUUUUGGCCGCUUCAUGUGCAAACUCAACAGCACCCUCAGCUUCCUCAACAUGUUCGCGAGUGUGUACAUCCUUGUGGUGAUCAGCGUGGACCGUUGCAUAUCUGUGGUGCGCCCCAUAUGGGCACAGAACCAUCGCAGCGUUGGUCGAGCAUCUGUGCUGAGCUUCGGUGUCUGGGUGUUUGCUCUGAUCUUGAGUUCACCCUACUUCGUCUUCAGGGACACUGCGCCGGACUACGACAACGAGAAGGUGAUCAACUGCUUCAACAACUUCGCCUUCUCCGAUGACUACGAUUCAGUAGAGGUGGUGAACCUCCGCCUUCUACGACACCGCGCCAUGAUCAUCACGCGAUUCUUGCUGGGGUUCGUUGUGCCUUUUUCCAUCAUCGUCUCCUGCUAUGCGGUCAUCGUCCAUCGGCUCAAAAGAAACCGUUCCAUGUCUGGCCGCACUGGGCGCCCAUUUAAGAUUAUCGCCGCCGUGAUCACCGCCUUCUUCCUGUGUUGGGCUCCGUACCACAUCCUGGUGCUGAUCGAGAUGGCUAACCACAUGGCAUCUAAAUACAGCCCCACCCUGGAGCAUGUCACCACCAUUGGCAUUCCCAUAGCCACCAGCUUGGCUUUCCUCAACAGCUGCCUGAACCCGCUCUUGUAUGUGUUCAUCGGUCAGGAUUUUAAAGACAAGGUGCGCAAGUCGGUCCUGAAGGUUCUGGAGACGGCUUUCACCGAGGAGGUGUCUCGCACCAACACCUGCACAAACUCCUUUAACGCCAGCCGCGGCAAGGAACAAGGGAGUAAAUCUCUUUCCGAUGCCGAGGUGUAAAGACUGAUGCAAAUGCCAUCUUAUAGGCGAGGACGUACUAUAGGGCUGUUUGGUUUGUGUAAUUCACCAUCAUAAGUAACCUCCUGGAUAAGCCGUGCCUUGUACCAAAUAUCUGAGGUACAGUUUUAUUUGGGCAGUGGCACAAAGACACUGCUUGGUGACUGCUUCUAAAGUCAAAGAAGAUGAAGGUAUAACUGGAAAAUGAAGAAACAUGACUGGAUCCUCAUAAUGGAGCACAAGAGGUAUAAUAUGCAUGAGAGGUGUAAUACAUAUGAAGGAUGUAUAAAGAACAGGGCUGUUGAAAAGUGGCACUGUUAGUUGCAAAUAUCCAAAGUGUUGGAAUGUCUCACAUUCUGGUUUGGUGAGCAGCAUUUAUAAUAAAUAUAACACAUGUUGACUAAAUGUACCACAAAUCUAGAAUGUUUUUUUGUUUUUUUUUCGUGUCUGGUCAUUUUUUCACAGUCUUAAAAAAAUAACACAAAGGAUUCUUUGAGUGACGCCACAGAAAAAACACUUUUAGUUCCCUAAAGAACAUCAUUCAUUAAAGCAUGCAUACAACAUGUUCUGUAGAACGUCUGUGUGUAGGAAUCACCACUAUGUACAAGCCUAUUCAUAUUUAUCAAACAUGUUUAUAGCAAAAAUUUAAUUCUUAAUAGUCAAAAUUUGAUUUUACUAGUGAUAAUUCAUGAGUUUCCCCAUUCUUUUCAAUGGGGGAAAUCAUUUUUUACUAGUGACAGUUUCAUUUUCACAUGUAGAAAUUUAAUUCUUGAUAUCAAUUAGUAGAAUUAAAUUCUUGAUAUCAAAAAUUAAAUUUUCACUAGUGAAAAUUCAGUUUGAUAUCAAGAAUUGAAUUCUUACUAAUAAAAAUAGAAUUUUUACAUGUAAUAAUUCAAUAUAAACUAGUAUAACUGUAUUUUGUAUUAGUAAAAAUGUACAUUAUUACUAGUAAAAAUCAAAUUUUCACAAGUAAAAAUUUGUAGUUUGUAUUUUUACUAGUUAAAAUUUAAUUCUUGUUAUCAAAAAUUACAUUUCCAUAUUUGAAAAUGAAAUUUCCACCAAUGAAAUGUUAAUUAUUACUAGUACAACUGUUUUCCCCAGUAAAAUGAAUGGGGAAACUCAUGACUUACCACUAGUGAAAAUAAAAUUUAGAAUUUUGGAAAUUAAAUUUUCACGUGUGUAAAUCGAAUUCCUGAUAUCAAGAAAAAAAGGAUUAAAA